GCGACGGCGACAGCCAACGAGUUGACCCUUCCCUUCCUUUUCUCACCUUUUCUUUUUCCUUUUCCUUUGCUUUCUCUUACCCGCAAGUUGCUCCAAGUCCCCGAGCAGCCAAGUCUAUCCACGACAGAAUUCGCACGAACCCGCAACCCCGGUCGAGCACUCUAAUAGGUGUCACCGAUCCUCAUCACAUCCACCCGCACACUCGAACUUGCGAGUAGACUUGAGGUCUGAUAGGACUAUAGAUCCUCGCCUUCACUUAGCUUAGAAGAAUAAGCGACUUGCAUUCGACAAUCAUGGCAUCGUCAUCUUCCGCAUCUGCGUCAUCAUCAACGGCUGGGGGGUCCUCAUUAACAGCCCCACAAGGCCAGAACGCACAUCCACUACUCGCCAAUAACGAUGAGAAGAACAGCGUCGUGAUCAAGGUCGGGAUGGUGGGAGACUCACAGAUCGGAAAGACGAGCUUGAUGGUCAAAUACGUCGAGGGCAGCUUUGACGAGGAUUAUAUCCAAACGCUAGGUGUCAACUUCAUGGAGAAGACGAUCUCAGUGCGACGAACAACCAUCACCUUCUCAAUAUGGGAUCUUGGCGGGCAAAGAGAAUUCGUGAACAUGCUUCCGCUCGUGUGCAACGAUGCCGUCGCUAUCCUUUUCAUGUUCGACCUCUCGCGGAAAUCGACGCUAAAUUCCGUCAAGGAAUGGUAUCGACAAGCGAGAGGCUUCAACAAGACAGCCAUCCCCUUCCUCAUCGGCACAAAAUUCGACACCUUCGCCACUUUCCCACGAGACGAACAAGAAGAGAUCACAAAGCAAGCGAAACGGUUCGCGAAAGCGAUGCACGCCUCGCUCAUCUUCUGUUCGACGUCGGCUUCCAUAAACGUGCAGAAGAUCUUCAAGAUCGUGCUCGCGAAGGCCUUCGACCUGAAGUGUGUGAUCCCGGAGAUUGAGGGGGUGGGGGAGCCGGUGUUGAUUUAUGUGGAUGUUUGAGUGUCGGGGUUGAGGGGUUAGAACGCGAGGCGGGGUGGAGGAGAGUGUGGUGGAAGGGAACGGAAGAGACAGAAUGGGAUAGGCUGUUCGAAUAUAAUUGGAGGAUAAGAGGAAUGGGUGGCGCGGUGGACCAGAGCUAGACGACAUGUAAGAUCUAGGAUAUGGCGCAUGGGUAGGAUAAAGCAGAGAAUCCGUCGGUCACGCGCGGGGGGUGGAUGGCGGAUGGUAUCGUGGACAAGGGAGGGUUAGGUGCAUGCGUGAGGGGGAUGACCAGUACAGAGCUAUCUGUGUCUGUGGAAAAGCUUUCGGCGUGGUAUUUCGCAGACGCGAAAACGGUAACGUCGCUCCGCAUACGGCACAGAAGUCGCGCAGAUAUCCUGCGGCUGGUCAUCGAUACAUCUUGGGCUUCGACAUUCAUUUUCCUCUUAGGUUUCCCUUCUUCCUCUCCUAUGCCCCCCUCGCCCUAGUAUGCAUCACCCCUUACCCCGCCUAAACCAUAAUGUCCCGAUCUAUCUAUCAUCCUCCCUGCGCGUUUGCUUUCUGUAAGCAUGUGGCUUGCGAGAGUUCUCGUCAAUCCUUUCCUUUUGACUUUCUUUCCUUUUGACUUUCUUUCCUACGGAACCUGGAAUAUAAUGGACUCUUGAGACUGUCCUGACCACUGUGAGCGUGGCGAAGGCGGAGUCCAGCUUUCAUCACGCUUGCAUCACCCAAAAAGGUGGAUAUUUUCCGCCACCCCCUCGCUCCGCCACUCAUCUACAACUUCUCACCUUCCACUCCUCAUCCUCUCUCCCUUUUGUUCUCUUCCGGGCACUUCUUGUCUCCGCCUUCGAGUUCGUUUCAUUUUCAGUCUCAUGUGGUUGGAUCAGUCUUGGUUUCGUUGCUAUCGCAUCUCUUUCAGUAUACAUCUUCCAUUCCACUUCGUUCCAUUCUCCCGAAUCAUGCACACGAUCAUACAUCUAUACGCGUAACCGUACCGUUAUUUGCCCCCUCUUAUCCUCUACAUUUAGUCCCAUCCCGCCAGCUUACAAUUCCUGUUCGCGUUCUUAUUCCUCACUUGCUAUGCGCUCGCCCGUUCAAUGGAGCUUCAUGCACAAUCCCGCCACGUCUUCCUCGUCGUCCGCGUCAUUCACCUUUCUCGUGCUUCUCAGUUUCUGUCCAUUUCUCUUUCUGUCCGCUCUAAUCAUUCAUUACCUCCAAUCGCGCCACAGCCAACGCUUGUUACAUACAAUUUUCCCUGCAUUCGCAUUUCUCUCGUCAUAUUCUUUUUCUCCUCAUUGGAAUCACUUUGGUCUUGCGUCUCCCUCACGUUCUACCUAGUACCUCUUCUACUCUCCACCCCCCUCCAUCUUCC